AUAAGUCAUUGGAUUAAAACAGGGCCAGCAAGCAACCCAACUAUAAUUCGUCUAUUUGGCUGAUCAGACACUCUAAUCCGAAGAGGAACUGCUACCUCUCUCUCUCUCUCUCUCUGUUUUCAAUUCCAUCGAUCAAAAUCCUCUUACCGCCGGCGAAAUUCCGAUUAGGUUAUUAUGGACAUGAGAAUAGGGCUGUUAUUUCUUCUCACUCUAAGUGCUGCUGGGUCCACUGCUGCUAGACAAAUGGCAGCCACUGAGAUUUUCAGGACAACCACAGGAACCUAUGAUAUAUCAGCUAUAAAAAUGAAAAACCAGGAGCAAGAAACAGAUAUUCAAACUUCAAACAAUGUUACCAGGAAAGAUGAGGUGUGCACAUUGUGUGAGGAGUUUGCUGCCCAGGCACUUGAUUACAUGGCUGAAAACAAAACCCAGACUGAAAUUCUUGAAAUCCUUCACAAAACCUGUUCUCGGUUGACUACUUUCAAGCAAGAGUGCAUCACUUUGGUGGACUACUAUUCUUCUAUUUUCUUCUCAUAUGUUUCCUCUGUGCAAUCUGAUGAUUUCUGUCGCAAAUACAAUCUCUGUCAUGAAAUGGAAAUCUUCUCUGCAAAACACCAAGAGGAUAGCUGUAGCAUUUGUCAACAUGCUAUUUCAGAAGUAUUAGUCAAGUUGAAAGAUCCUGACACACAGCUGGAAAUAAUCGAUUUACUUUUGAAGGCAUGCAACUCCAUGGAGAAUUAUGCUAAAAAGUGCAAAAGGAUGGUUUUUGAGUAUGGCCCCCUGAUUCUUAUCAAUGCAGAGCAGUUUCUGGAAACAAAAGAUGUAUGCACACUGUUACAUGCCUGCAAAGUGCCAAAAGACAGUGGUGAGCAAGCAUCGACAAUGCUGACGGCUGAUUCAUAAUCAUGAUGCGAAAGAUCAAUUGGAAAGAAAAUGCUCAUGUUGCAGAUCUUGCAGGUUGCUGAUGAACAAAAACAAAAAAGAGAAAACUUACACAGGCUUUAUUACAUGACACUGGUGGCUUACUCCAUUUAGUUGCUUCUCGUCCUUGCCCUGUCCUCAAAUUUAGUUUGUGGUAACAACCUCCUCACCUCGGUUAAAUGUGUUGAUUCCUAUAUAUUAAAUUUGCUAAACCUUGUGGUCUAUAAGUUUUGCUAAACGUGUUUUAUAUACCAAGAAGGCAGCGGUUUUUUUU